UGACAGCUAAAGAUACUUGAGAAAAUUCAGGAGCUUCAUGUUACAAAUUGUACUUCGUAGAAAUACGUUGUCGUUCACUUUACAAAAUCGGUACACAACUAUCGCGGCCAGACAAACAAUAUCCACCUAUUUAAAGCAAAGAAAACAAUUAGUGUUGCCAAAAUUAACGAAUGUUUCACAUAAACAAAAUCGUGUUUGUAUUUUCAGUGAAGAGUAAGUUACAAUAUGUCAAAGUCGUUUUCGGUAAAUCAACAAAACAAAUCGAAGUACAUGAAAUAAACAUUAUCCGAAAUUGAAUAAACAGUGUCACCAUGCCAAUGUUCCCGUUCGAAAGACUGCCUUUACCCAAUUUAAAAAUAUACUCUUCUGUAAGUGUAGUGGCCCUCUCAGCAUGCGUUUAUUAUGCUGUCCAAAUUGUUAAAGAACCUUCGUGGAAUUAUACUCCAACGGUAGCGAAAAAAGAUAGUGAACCCUGGAAUGUUACUAAUCCAGACCCUAGAACUGCAGGGCAGUUUGUCUCAGAUGUUUUUACUGUUAUGAUAAGAGAACCAGUUUGUGUUUGGACGAUGAUCAACAUGGCCAUUUGUUGGUUCAUCCUAUUGGGUAGGGCCGUUCAAAAACUGGUCUUCGGGGAACUGAGGGUCUCAGAACAACAGCAGCUCAGAGAUAAGUUUUGGAACUUCGUCUUUUACAAGUUUAUCUUCGUUUUCGGCAUUAUCAAUGUCCAGUACAUCGACGAGGUGCUUCUCUGGUGUUCCUGGCUUUCUUUGCUCGGCUUUUUGCAUCUGCUGUCGCAGUUGAGCCAAGACAGGUUUGAAUAUUUGUCGUUUUCCCCCAGAACACCGUUUUGGAGCCACGUCAAGCUGAUGGCUCUAUUGGCUGCUAUAUUUGCCCUCUCCGGCUUCAUGUUUGUGGUGUCUAUUUUCGUCGGAUUCUUCGGCGGACUCAAUACCUUCUUCUUUAUGUUCUACGAGGUACUCCUCUUGGCCAUUCGCACCCUCCACGUGAUCAUCCGGUACGCUUUCCAUCUGUACGACAUGCGGAACGAAAACAAUACCCCCACCACCGGUGAGGACAGCAAAGCCUUAGACAAACGGGGCCCCGUGUCGUAUUACUUCGAACUUGGCUUCGACCUCACUGCACUUCUCAUUGAUCUGAUUCACCACCUUCACAUGCUUUUCUUGAGCAAUAUUUUCUUGUCCAUGGCCAGCCUCGUCAUCUGUAUGCAGCUCAGAUUAUUGAUUCAUGACAUACAAAGCAAAUUCAAGAAGCACAGGAACUAUUUGUGGGUCAAAAAUCACCUAGAACAAAACUACCCUAUGGCCACUGACAAAGAGUUGCAGGAAAACUCAGACAAUUGCGCCAUCUGCUGGGAGAAAAUGGAAACUGCCAGAAAAUUACCGUGUGCUCAUCUCUUUCAUAACACCUGCUUAUUGUCGUGGUUGGAACAAGAUACUUCCUGUCCAACUUGUAGAAUGACCUUGAACAUCCAAAGUCCGUCUGUUGCAAGUCUCGAACCUCCAGAAAUACAGGUGGAGCCUCAGGAGAAUACACGAAGACCGUUCAAUCACUUUUUCCAUUUCGAUGGUUCAAGAUAUGUAUCCUGGUUACCUAGUUUCUCCGUGGAAGUCAGCAACGCCCAACCGAUACGUCAAAACCACAUCUCCGCUUCUAAUUCCCAAUUAGACGCGAUGGCAAGACAAGUCCAGACUCUAUUUCCCCAUAUUCCCAUACCGACCAUAAUCGAAGACUUAAGAGUGACCCGCUCAGUCGAAUUGACCAUUGAAAACGUAUUGGACGGAAGGUUGGUGGCGCCACCUAUGUUUAGAGAUUUAGACAUGGAGCAGUCGGCCAGCCGAAAUCCCAUCUCCUUGCUUAAUUUUAACGAUCCUGAGCCGAGUACGGGAAACUGGGAUGAGUUUAGUAAUGACACCGUUGAAGUGGAAGACACAGUACCAUUGGGUAGCCGCUUCUCGAAAUCCUCAACGGAACGUGAGAAAAUCCUCCAAAGAAGAAAGGAACAGAUGAGACACCAAGCCAGGAAGCGCUACAUAGAGAAGCACAGAGCAGCUGUAUCGGUCAAGGACGAACUUCAAAGUUGAAGGGAAUUCUAGACGAACUGAAAUGAUUUGGUGGAUACGUUGCUCGAGAGAUAAUCGUCAUUUGGAAUUUUCCUGCAAAUAUACGUUGCAAAGAAUGAUUUUAUAAUAGCAAAUAGCCAGCUCAUUUCACAUAAAUGAAUUGUAGGUCUUAUCAGUUUGUUUCCUAGAUCUUGUUACGUUUUAUAUAUAUACCUAUUAAAGUUCUUCCAACAUUUUGGUAUUUCUGCUGAAUAUUUGCCAGUUUUUAGCAAAUUUGUGUGAAAUGGUAGUAUGAACUUGUAUAAAUGUAGAAACGGGCUGAACGACGCAGUUUUUGGGGUACAAGAUUGUGGAAACCGACUAAAAGAGCUUGGUUUUAUGAGAAUUUGAGCUAGUACCCUAUAUAAAAGCUUUAAACUGAAUAAGACAAUUAUCAUAGGUCUACAAAACAAACCUUUGUGUGGUGUUUACAUGGUUUAUAUCUUUUAUACAAUUAAUAACCACUAUUUACUAAUUUAUUGGAGUAGAACGAGGUCUGUUCAAACAAAUUGCAUACAAUUUUCGUUCAAAACUUCGUAAUGCUUUUUGCCAUCUAGCUCAUGGCAUAGAUACUUUGAAGGAACACCUAUUCGACUCAACAACAUGCUCACGUUAGUUAUUUACGUCACUGAAGCAUUCUCUAGCAUUCAUUAGUUUUUGUAAUAUACUACAGCUGCAUCCCUUUGAAUCGGAUCUAUGUAACUAUUAAACACACAUUUUAACAAUUUUAGUAAAAUACAGUUGAUUAAUAAAUUGUAAGUGUUUGUAUUUUUGCGAAAUAGUUAUUGUAUUCUUACGAUAAUCAUAUAUUUUAUAAUAUUUUAACUGUAAUGUAAUCCGGCUCGAGGGACCAAAGAUCACGACGACAUACUCGUCGACCACCUUAGGAUAAUAAAAAAUAGAUGUUAUUAUUUUUUUUUUCAAAACUGGUGAUGACUGACAACAAUUCAAAAACUGAUUGACUAAGCUAGAAGCGUUAUCUACUCUGAAUCCUUAUUCCUGAAUCCUAAAAUAUUGUCGAAAUAAUCAAUCAAUCCCGCUGUUAUUUUGUUACGGGAUCUUUUUUGGCAUAUUUGAUCAUCGCCGACCAUUUUAAAGAGGUACAGAGCCACUUGAGGGAAUCUUUUCGUGCUCUGUCGUGAGAAAUUUUGGCAAUAAUUUGGUACACACGUCAACUAUUCCCAAAUUAUUAGUUAGAGUUGUCGAAACGCAAGUUUUCGGAAUUCUAAGACUGCCAUCUAGUUCGCACAGGUUAAAACGACGAUUUUCUUUCUGAAGCCACAUUUAAUCCAUAUUUGUUACUCACAUUUCGCUGUCAUUUUCAAAGAAUGCAAACAAAAGCAAUGGACCGGACAUGUGAUAAAAAUGGAAGAGGAUAGGCUAUCAAAAAGAGCACUGAAUGCUAAGCACUGAGCAGGCAAAGAAACCGGCUGGAAAGCCAAGAAAGCGCUGGAAAGACACAGUAAACAGCGACGCACAAGCCCUUUUAGGAGUCCGUGUAUAGAGAAGAGCAGCCACAGACAAGCAAGGGUGGAGCAUAAAAGAGGCCAAGGCUCAAUUUGGGCUGUAGUGCCGUAGUAGAAGAAGAAUAAUGCAAACAAAAACAUUAUAUUACAAACUAGACACUUCAUGUUACUAACUGCGAUGAAAUGUUAGCAAUUAUAAUCGUACCUUACAGAGGCCGCUGGAACAUUUUGACACAAAGUUUUGAACUAAAAUCGGGUGCAUUUGAAACAUACCUCGUAUAUUUUUUAGUUAUAGUUUUUUAGAAUUGAUGUAUUAAUGUCAUAAUGAUACUCUAAUUGUUCACAUAAUAUUAUUUUAAUGCAAAAAUAGACACUACCUUAUACAGAAUGUUAGUGUCUAUAUCUGUUAAUGAAAACUAGUGUAGAAUACAGCAUGGCAGUGUUACAAUGCUACAAAUUUUGUGUGUACGUAGUUAAAACAAAGUUAUAGGCCAAGGAGGGAGUUACUGUCUAAAAUUAGAUGGUCUUUAUAACAUGUGUAUAAGAUUGAAUUAGCAGAUAUUUUAAAUAUACAGUAUGUCCCUGUAAGUUGUAUCCAUAUGGAAAACUUUUUUAUUAUUAAUUUUACGAGAAAAAGUUAUUCUUCAUAAAAAUCUCUGCAUGGUCCAAAAUCUAAGAUUCUACCAUCAAAUAUCAAAUUUUUUUAAUGUUUUACGAGGUAUGUCAAAAAAUUUGAAUUUCACUCAAGAGUAAAGUAUCGUUAAAUUUCACAAUAUUGAAAAUUGCUAUUAAGAAAAGUUGUUUGGAAUUAAAAACUAUAUUCUAAUAUGCAAUUACAUCCUUCUAAUUGAAAAAAUAAUUUUUUUUUUUAAAAUUAUGAAUAACAUUAUUUUCAGUUAUUUCAAUUCUGAUAACUCUUUUAUUAUUAAUUUUACGAAAAAAAGUGAUUCUUAAUAAAAAGUUCUGGAUGGUCUAGUCUAAAACCUAAAAUACAACCAUCUUAUAUCAAGUUUUAUCAAUUUUUAUACGAGGUAUGUCAAAAAAGAUAAAUUUAGAUCAAAAGUAAAGUAAAGUUUGUUUAGCGGUAAAUGGUUGGCUUGAAUGGUCAAUACUUGUACUGGUACUUCAAUAGUAUAAAAGGCCCGGUUUCAGGUAAAAUUUAAAUAUGUUUGAAUGUUUGUUUUUCUAUAAUCUUAGCAAUUAAAGUGGAUUUAAUUUAUUUUAAAACUCAUUUGAAAACAUUAAUUUCGGGUAUAUAAGGCAAAGCAAUAUAUUUUACAUCAGUUUUUUCCUUUUGUCGUCGUAAUUAUUGUAAAUUUUGUGGAUCCUUUGCUUUAUUAUAGGAGUAUCGUCUAGUCGGUGUUAAUUGUCAAAAGACCAACUCUGUCUACCUCGAUUGCUUAUCGCUCCGGACCGGUCUUAACAAUGGGCCAAGUCAGAUAAAUUUAAUAAUAUUUAUGACCGCACUAAUUGAAGUCAACCAUUUACUGCUAAACAAACUUUACCUUCAUAGUUCAGAAUAUUUCAAUUAGAACGAUGUAAUUACAUACUGAAACAUAGUUUUGAAUUCUAAAUAACUUUUCAUAAUAACAAUUUUCGAUAUUGUGAAAAAUAAACGUAUUUUACUCUUGAGAGAAAUUCAUAUUUUUUUACAUACUUCGUAUAAAAUUGAUAAAAUUUGACAUAAGAUGGUUGUAUUUUAGGUUUUAGACCAUGCAGAUCUUUUUAUUAAGAAUCACUUUUUUCGUAAAAUUAAUAAUAAAAGAGUUGUCUGAAUUGAAAUAACUGAAAAUAAUGUUAGUUAACCAUAAUUUUUCAAAAAAAAAAAAAAAUUCAAUUAGAACGAUGUAAUUGCAUACUAGAAUAUAGUUUUUAAUUCCAAACAACUUUUCAUAAUAGCAAUUUUCAUUAUUGUGAAAAAUAAAGCUACUUUACUCUUGAGUGAAAUUCAAACUUUUUGACAUACCUCGUAUAAUAUUCAAAAAAUUUGAUAUUUGAUGGUUAAAUCUUAGGUUUUGGACCAUGCAGAGCUUUUUAUGAAGAAUAAAUUUUUUUCGUAAAAUUAAUAAUAAAAAAGUUUUCCAUAUGGAUAUAACUUACAGGGACAUACUGCAUAACCUUGUACAUCCUUCCAGUAUCCGUCCCAUGUGUGUUAUAUACUAGCAAACUUUGUCAAAGCCGUAUCUUUAUCAUACUAUAUCCUAAGUCUGUACCAGCAAGACAAAUUUGCUUUUUUAAUAUGGUCAUUUAUAUGUUUAUUUGGUUAUUAAUGUUAUUAAUAUGGUUAUUUAAUAUGUUUUGUAACGUGGCCCAUGAUAAUCAUCUCCAAUAAGUUGCUAAUACGCUGUAACCGGUACUCUUGGCACAUAUGCGAUUUUUGUCACCGGCCACAUUACAAUAGGUGAGCUCCAGUAAGGACGUGCAUAUGAAUUUUUUUCUGAAAAAUCUUAAGUAUUUCUUCAAAUAUAUGUAACACCAACGGAUAUAUACUCUAGCAUAGGAUUUUGCGUUCCAACUGAGUAGGUGCCAUGGAGCUGCAUAGACCUGACAACGACUACGGACUUACGCGAUUUCACCACUGCCCGCACUGCGGCCGCGACAUCCCUCGUCAACAAGCUUGCUUAUAAACGUGACCAUCUGUUUCAUAUAAAAGCUUCUUCUAGGAGCUAUAUAUUCUUUGGUAACACUAUCCAACAAAUGUGAAAAAAUUGUCUGACUGUCUAUUGUUCUUUCAGUUGUCUUUUUUAUCUUUAUUUCGGUGUCCUACUACUGUAUAGAUAGAAAUCUUCCACAGUUUUUAACAACUCAGUCCUGUUGGUUAUUAUUUCACCCUGUUUGUUUUUUAAUUUGAUUAUUUGGCUGUUUCCAGUUUUUAAUUUUCUUUGAAAUACCUUCAAGCUUUUAUUUAUUUGCCUGUAUCAUUUGUUGGAUUUUUCGUUAUUAUAUUUUCUCAAAUCUUUUCUGAUUACUUUCUGUACUUCUUGAUUCAUCUCCACUUCAUUCAUCCGCAUAAUCUUAACAAACUUAUAAGACAUCAAAAUACUCAAACUGCAACCCAACCACUGGUUAAUAUUUCAGCUUUUGAAUGGAAGAUAAUCCGUUCUAUCUAGAUGAAUAGAGAAAAUCCAGAUUUUGGAAAGAACUACACAUCUCAUGGGUGUUCCCUAGUAAAAAUGCCAACUGUGGAAAAGUACGUUCCAAAUUUAAAAGUAGCACAUACAUAGUAGUGACGUAAAAAUUGAACGUAACGUAAAAAACAUUCCAUAAAGUAUUAAUUGUGAGGCAAUUUUCAAAGAUAGUGAUAUAAAAACUAAUAGUCCAAGAGGCAGUGCUGAAAAAUCUCUUUGAAUUUACUAAAGCUAGAUUUUUCACAGUUGAUUACUGUGAUUGUGUAGAGAAACAUACUGCGGUCGGUCAAGCUAAACGUAGAACAAGGGUUACUGAUAAGGUAUCAAAGUUGCUUUCCUACGAAGGUAAUUAAAUCCAUUAAAUCGGUCGGCCCCAGUGAAUGUACAGGGUUUUUCACUAUAUUUUGAGCCCCUUGUAAACUGCUUUAUUUACAGAAUUAGAAAAAAAUGUAAAAUACAAAAGUUAUUCGAUUUUUAAAUUAUGAUUUUUUGACAUAUAUAUCGUACUAGUGACGUCAUCCAUUUGGGCGUGAUGACGUAGUCGACUAUUUUUUUAAAUGGGAAUAGGGGUCGGAUGCUAGCUCAUUUGAAAAGUUAUUCAAUUCCCUAUUCAGUAAUAUAAACAAUAACAUGAUCAAUUAUACAGGUUGUCCAAAAAUUUUUUUUAAUUAAAUUAAUUGUUUAAUUAAUAAUUCAAAAAAUUUUUUGGACACUCUGUAUAAAUAAUGAUCUUAAUGUUUAUUGUACUGUAUAGAGAAUUGAAUAACCUUUCAAAUGAGCUAGCACACGACCCCUAUUCUCAUUUAAAAAAAUAGUCGAUUACGUCAUCACGUCCAGAUGGAUGACGUCACUAGUACGAUAUAUAUGUCAAAAAAUCGUAAUUAAAAUAUCGAAUAACUUUUCUAUUUUACAUUUUUUUCUAAUUCUGUAAAUAAAGCAGUUUACAAGGGGGUCAAAAUAUAGUGAAUAACCCUGUACAUUCAUUGGGGCCGACCGACCGGCCCUGUCCCGUCAUCAGCUGACCGACUAUAAUAACUUUUAUUUAUAUUCAAUUUAGAAUGUGUGUACUGAUUUUCAGCCUUAAUAACUGGAUUUAAUUAACUUCGUAGGAAAGCAACUUUGAUACCCUCUCAAUAAGCCCUGUUCUACGUUUAGCUUGACCGACCGCAGUAUGUUUCUCUACCUACACAAUCACAGUAAUCAACUGUGAACAAUUUAGCUUUAGUAAUUUCAAAGAGAUUUUUCAGCGCUGCCUCUCGAUCUAUAAGAACAUACUUUCUUGACGUGACAUGUGACUGCAAAAUUAUACUGGGUUAUAACUGACAUCAAAUGUAAUAGUUGAUGUCGAAUAAUUCGUUUUGAGCUUAUUUAUACAUCAAUACAGCUGACAUUCUUCCUUUUGAACUUAAAAGUACCUCAAACAAGUAACUGCUUGUUAAUUCUUACACCUUUUAAUAUUGUAAAUUUUAUAAAAGUCACGUCAAGCCACAACGUUGACGUUCCUCUCAAGGUAAGAAUCUGACAAUGACUUCAUCUCUAGCGCACGUCAAAGGUGGUGGAAGCUUCCAAUCUGAAAAUAUUGUAGAUAUUAGAAAAACAUACAGUAUAAGACACCUACAUAUAUCUAAAGAGUCUUAUAAAUUUCUUGUGUGGUUUUAAUUGUAUUAAAGAGUAUUUUAGCCAAGAAUAUUGUUGUUGUAGACCUGUGCUCUAAUUGUAGUAUUGAUUAUUUGUUCAUAAGUCAUUUAAGAUUUACACACUUGUGAACAAAGUGUGUCAGCUCAAUUGAAAAGAGAUAUCAUAUAUUUUUUACUUCCUAGUGCUGGAAAAUUCAUAGUUGUAGUACGUGUAUAAACUGAUAUGUAAAUACCUGUUUUGUUGUCCAUUUGUAACUUAUUUGAUAUUUUAAUAAGAGGCACUUAAUUUUAGUUGACGUUAGGUAGGUUAAAGAUGUCAUUUGAGUCGUACAGGGUGUUCCAAAAAGUUCGUACGGUUUGUUACUCAGGAGUCACUGAAUAUUUUUUAGUUUGAUAUCAGAAACUUGGCAAUAGAAUCUACAACACUUCGUGUUGAGAUAUAUUGAAUUACUCAGUCGAUGAAGAGAUUUGAAGGAAGUUAAAUGGGCAAAUGUACAGUUCUUUAAAGGAAUACAGUUUGCCAUUGUAUAAAAUAUUUCAAAAACUAAAACAGUGGUAUUUUUCUGAUCGAUUUUACACAUUGAUCCAUAGGUUCGAAUCCGGCUCACAGGACCAAAGUGUAAAAGUUUCGGGAUGAUGGAAAACACACUUUGUUGAAAAUGUAUUUAAAGUCGGUGACCACUGCUACAAUUUCUCAGCUACAAUGAAGACGCUUCUAGCUUCAGAUCAGUUUAGAAUUAUUGUUUUCCUUCACCGUUUUUAAAUUCAACAAACGUGCUUUCGAUUAUUCAUAGUACAUUAUUAAAAACUAACUGAGCAAAUAGCAAAUGUAAUUAACACAGUAAUAUGUUUUGAUGUUUUUUGGUAUAACGUAUUUUUUUAAGACUAGACGUUUUUGACAUUUUCAUUUGUCCCAUUUUUCGAAGCAGUUUUUUUGUUAACAGUCUACAAAAAAAAUUAAGUGCGGCUAAAAGAUGUCAAGAGCAUGUAAGACGCGACCAAAAGUGGAAGGACAUUGAAAUUAUUUCAAAAGCGAUGAAAAUAAACAAAUAAAUAAAAAAACAUGUGAACUCGUUAAUACAAGUUAAAGAAACGUCAAAUGGGAGAAAACAGCUUUGAAAAGUGGUAAAACCGAUGAAAAAAUGUCGAAGAAUCGUCAAAAAGAGCGUCAAAAGCGUGGAAAAAGUAUCAAACGCUUCGAAAGAGUAUUGACAAUGGUCGUAGGAAGAACGUUAAUCGUGACAAGUCUAAAGGGUAUCCAAAAGAGUCUAAAAAUUGUCAUCGUGAACGGAAAAUGUCAAAAUAAGGUUUAAAAAAUGUAAAAAAAUGUUGCAUGUCAAAUGCGUUGAAAGAGUUGACGUACGAAAAAGUGGCAACAGCGCCAAAAAAUGUCGAACACGUCGAAAAUGUAUCAAAAUAUUCGAAAAAUGCGACAUAUACGCUAAAAAAAGGACGCCAAACGUACGUGAAAUGAGACAAAAACGACAAAAAAAUGCCUUCGCCUACGAAAAAGAAUCUAAGUAAGAAACUCGUAACAUGAAGUAAAAACCACUUCUAUGUAAUAGGUAUAUUUACUAAAAAUUUUAAAAAUCCCAAUGGAUUGAAUAAAAUAUGUCCAAUUCAGAACGUUUUCGGACCUAUCAGUCCAUCAUCAGUGGAUCUAAAAGAGAAUAAGUAAUCCCACUAUUAAAAUUGAAAAGAUGGUUGAAAUUUUGAAAGUUGAAAAAUGUGGUUAUGAUUACUUACUCAAAUACUUGCUAAAUAGCCCCAGAACCAAACAAUGGUUGUAAUUAUAAUUCAAUCUACAUUAUUUUGAAGUAAUAUUGAAAAAGCUAUUACUUCAAAAUAAUGUAGAUUGAAUUAUAAUUACAACCAUUGUUUGGUUCUGGGGCUAUUUAGCAAGUAUUUGAGUAAGUAAUCAUAACCACAUUUUUUAACUUUCAAAAUUUCAACCAACUUCUCAAUUUUAGAUUCACUGAUGAUGGACUGAUAGGUCCAAAAACGUUCUGAAUUGGACAUAUUUUAUUCAAAACAUUGGGAUUUUUAAAACUUUUAGUAAAUAUACCUAUUACAUAGAAGUGGUUUUUACUUCAUACAGCCAAUCUAGGGAACUACCCCUUUUUAGUUUAAUCUAAGUAAAGUUAAAAGACGUCAAAUCGUCAAAAAAAGCUUUAAUACAAGAUUUAAUUAAUGACGUUUUUAACUUUUUUGGGCUUUUUCUUCAUUUUUGGCUCCUUUUUAUGCUCGUAACACUUUUUAACUAAUGGAACUGUUGUAUUAAUAUUUUUUCUUUACUCAUGCAGGACUUUGGACUCUUGUUAUGAUUGUCAUUUAAUUCUCAAAGAUCGUGAAAGUGAUUUACUUGGUUACUUGUAAAGUUGAAUAAAAAGCAAUCAUUAAAAAAAGUUAUACAGCAUAGCUUAUGUAUGAUAUCCCAAAAAAUAAGCGCAAUAAUUAUGUUUAUUACACAUAUACUGUUGAAGGUGAAAUAAGAUAUCUUCAUUUGUGCUUGCUAGCCUCUAUCCAUUCUAAUUGCUUCAAUUCUAGCUUCAUUGGCAAUUUUUAUAUAAUCAGCACAUUCUUCACACAGCACUUCUGAUAGUUCUUAUUAUUAAUUUUAAAAUAUUCAUUAUUUUCUGAGUAAAAGCUUAUAAAAAUUUUUGGAAUACUCUAUCGAUCUUAAUUAUCUCGUCCGUUGAAAGACUCUUAUUGACAUCUUUGACUGUUUAUACUAGAGUUAUUUAACAAAUGAGCUUCAGAUCUCGAUAAAGUUACUCAUUACCUGCCUGCAAUGUAGUCAUUAUAAGCUAGUCCUUUAAAGACUUGAAAGAGAUGUUACUUUUUGAUUCUUAAACGGAUAGAAUAACGUUUUUUUUUCUCUUAUAUUUUACUUUAUUUUACUAUAAAUAUAUACUUUAGAUAUUACAUAAAAAAUUAAUUACAA